CAUCGCCGCUUGCCUUUCAGCCUGGAGAGAAAGCGUCAAAGACAGGAAAGAUGGCGAGAGGUAGUUGUAGCCUGAGAAAAGUGGCUGAGUGUAUGAAAAAGAUACCUUCGACCUCCAGCCGGGAAAUACAAACUAGGAACAACGUCAGAUACCUGUCGUCAUGUGGGAUCCUGAUGACUCGUCUCCCUCCCCUGCUGGGCGGAGCCACACCGGGGCGUGGCGUCGUGUUACCGGCCCGCAGCUUCUUCAACCUGGCGGACUCCUUCUCCAAGAGGAAGGAGUACUCUGAGAGACGCAUCAUCGGGCAUUCCAUGCAGGAGAUAUACGAGGUGGUGGCCGGAGUGGAGAACUACUGCGUCUUUGUGCCCUGGUGUAAGAAGUCUGAUGUGGUGUUCAAGCGAGCCGGAUUCUGCAAGGCCAAACUAGGCGUGGGCUUCCCACCUGUGAUGGAAAACUACACCUCUCUUGUUACUUCAGUACGCCCCCACCUGGUCAAGGCGUCCUGUUCAGAUGGAAGUCUGUUCAACCACUUGGAGACGGUUUGGCGUUUCAGCCCCGGCCUCCCGGGAUACCCUCGCACCUGCACUGUGGAUUUUUCCAUCUCCUUCGAGUUUCGCUCCCUCCUCCACUCGCAUUUAGCCCACGUCUUCUUCGACGAGGUGGUGAAGCAAAUGGUUUCGGCGUUUGAGCGCCGCGCCUCCAGUUUAUACGGCGCCGAGACGGACAUCCCUCGCGAGCUCAUGUUCCAUGAGGUCCACAGCACGUAGUGCUGCACGAACACCGAGACGCAAACCAACCAAGGCUGAUGUGGGAGAGAAAGAUCAGAGAGGAGGAGUGUAGACAGGCUGCCUUGUUCUAACUGUGCCUUUCUCACAGCAACGACCAAGUCUCUUUAUUCUUUUCUUUUUUAAAUUCUUUUAUACAUAUAUACACCAUAUAACUGAUGUGGAUCCACUAGCUCAUUUUCAUGUUGGUGCUAAAAAAAAAAAAAGGACUUGAUUUCAACUGAAUAAGCUGUGCCUGGUUGUGAAACUUGAGUUCACAGGUUAAAGUGAGUGUGUUGGGCCUAGCAGGGCUGGAUCUCUUCCUCUCUGUAAACAAUGGCUCAUCUCAAUAGCUAACGACACGGCUUUAACUGCCGUCUUCACGACCACAGCUACAAUCUGUAGUCCAGAAAGCUGCUUUAGGAAGACACUUUACAAGCACACGUCGUCCAAAAAAAACAAUUUCAGGAUGUGUAGUAGAUGAUAUUGCAAAUCUCCUGCGUCGGAAAAACGACAAUGAUGCAGAUGAGGCUGUUCAAAGGAGCGUUUCCCUCAUUUCACCACCAGUGUUGGUUCCAAAAUGUGCCAAAAUCUGUGUUUAUAGCAUGGUGACAAUUUCCUCAUCAGCACCUGAAACACCAUCAGAGGGUGGAAAUCCCUCAAAGAUAUGGAUUUAAACAUGUGGAGAGUGUCUCCAUGGUGGUGUGUCCCCCCCCCCCCCCCCCGUUAGCAGGUGUAUCCAGACCCGCGUCUAAUCUGCAAGCGUUUCAGACGCAUUUUUCACUUCUAGAAAGCCGUGAAGCUAACGGCAACACCUUGUUAUUGCGGUGGAAAGUGAACACAAUUUGUGAAAGGUUCAAGAUGAAGAAAUCUUCCCGUUCACUGUUGAAAUGGGUCAUUACGUAUUGAUCAUGUUACAGAGAUACAUAUCUUUUGUUCGCUCCAGUUAAACGCUUUUCUGUGAUGAAUUGAGCUCGAAGGGCACAAAGCAACUAAAGAAAGUCAAGUGUCGAGCCAUGUGGCCAACGGACCGAUUAAACCUCCACCGGGUCGCCACACACUACCGUAUGUUAUGAGCAUAUAUUUUAGGAAUAAAGGGCCGAGGCGGCCGAGGCACCGUGUCACUGGCGUCAUGCAGUGAGGACUGUGUGCAGCGGACUACGUGUACAAAAUGUACUGGAAACUAUCAGGACACCUUUCAUAGGCCGUUGGAUUUUGCUUCAGCAGGUUCACGGCUGAUGAGGCUAAAAUCUUUUAUCCAGAGAUGAUUUCAUAUUUUCAUUAUGUCUAAUAUGUACACUGAGCAAAAUUACAAACGCAGCAAUUUUUUUAAAAUAAAUUCUGUUCAGUGUAUAUCAAGAUGGAGCACAAUUCUGGUAAUUGAAUAAAUAGUCUAUAUAAAAUAACCACAUGGUGAAGCUAGUUUCUGUAUAAAUUAAAUAUUUUUAAACUUCCUUUUACAAUAAGAAUGUAAAGCCACGUCCAAAUGGUGUAAAUAUUGCCGUGACGCAGUUCGACAGCGUUUUUUUGUUGUCGCCCGCAAUAGAAAUAAUAUAAAAAUAAAUACAUCUGGAUAUAACACUUUAUCUUUUUGACAAUGUACUGUACAUCCUCCGGUCGCCCAGCCUUAGCAGGGAGAGGUGGUGUUCUUUUCUUUUUUUUGUUACAAACGCUAUGCUCUUGACUUUAUGAAUGGAGCUACGCUGGCCAUGACAGUUAAAGCUACAUUAUAGAGCAAAGUGUGCAAUAUUGGCAAUUUAUAGGUGUUAACAUUUCAAUCUUAAGCAAGCACGCUGUAGACACACAAAGGGCCAAACACUGGUCACGAAAUGUUCAGUAGCACGCUGAAACCUCCUGAUUCCACCUGUCCGACUCACAGAGUGCCUCCUGAACUACUGGCAGGAUGUUCCUCUUUUAAUUUUUUAAACAUUAUACUCAUUCUUUAAUAUUUAUUACUUGAGUUUAAGUGUAAAUAUUGGUUUAAAGAUCAUGUAAGAAAGACUACACUGCUUUUAAAGAAGACGGUCGUGUUGCACGGGACGUGAAAGAGACCUGUGUAAAUGUUUUGAUAACUUUAGAAAGAUGUGUCCGCUGCAUGAUUUAUAAACUAUUUUUGCAACAAA